AUGCGUUGCGUGCACGUGGAGUGCAUCGGGGGGCGAUGCGGGAUGGGGCGAGGGGCGAGGGGUCGCGGCGUGCAGGGAGGGGCGUGGGGGUGUGUUUACCGCGCGGAGGGCGGCCUGCUCGCUCAACGCCAGUGUUGUGGUGUGUCAGUGAGGCCGCUGUCGAGUAUGCGUCAGGAGUCGUUACCGAUGUUGGCCGAGCGGUUGCUGGCCAGCCGCGCGGCCGCCCUGGUGGCCGGACUGCCGGCGGAGCUGUACUCGGGCGCGCUGCUAGCAGCGUGGCCACCCUCGCCCCCGGCGCCCCUCCUGCCGCCCCCGGAAUUGGAGCGGGCGCGCAAACGCCGCCGUACGCCCAAACUGGACGACAGCACCGCCACCGCUCCACCCUCGCCGCCCUCCUCAGGCUCAUCGCCCGGCGCCACCGACCCGCCGCGUGACAAACUAUUCACCUGCAAAGUGUGCUCGCGCUCCUUCGGCUACAAACACGUCCUGCAGAACCACGAGCGCACGCACACCGGCGAGAAGCCGUUCGAGUGUGGCGAGUGCCACAAGCGCUUCACCCGCGACCACCACCUCAAGACGCACCUGCGCCUUCACACCGGCGAGAAGCCGUACAGCUGUCCCCACUGCCCCCGCCACUUCGUGCAGGUGGCGAAUCUGCGGCGGCACCUCCGCGUCCAUACCGGCGAGCGCCCGUACGCGUGCGCCCGCUGCCCGGCGCGCUUCUCCGACUCCAAUCAGCUGAAGGCGCACGCGCUGGUGCACGAAGGGGAUGCCCCGUUCGCGUGCCGCUGCGGGGCGAGGUUCCGGCGGCGACAGGCUGCCGCGCUGCACCGCUGUGCCAGCGCCGGCUGCGAGCCUGACGCGCCCAGCCCUCCAGCGGCCGUGGGUGCCGACUGGCGUUGGGACGAGUGGCCCGAGCAGACGGAGCCCGAGGACCUGUCGCUGCCCCGGAGGCCGGCCACCCCCGACUCCCCCACCGACCUGCGCGUGCACCUCGCG